AUGGCCAUCUCAGACCUGGAAAGGAGCCUGGGAGUCUUCCUUAGAGACCUGCCUCGAGAAUUCAACAAUCGGUACACCGCAGAAGCAGAUUCAGUCCUCCGCGCUCGCCUCUUCCGAGCUCUCGUCGCCGACGAUGAGUCCAGGUUGACUCUUUUGUUCCCCGACGGUGUACCAGAAGAAGACCAGUGGGUGCUGCGCGACGCUCAGGGUGCUGUAGAUGGUGCAGAAUAUACACCUGCCGCAAAGGGCCAUCCCUGCGGCCACAUUUUCAAGGCCGGCGAAUCAACAUACCAUUGCAAGACAUGUGCUGCCGACGAUACCUGCGUUCUCUGUGCCAGGUGUUUCGCCGAGUCAGAUCACGAAGGCCAUAUGGUCUAUAUCAGUGUUUCUCCGGGGAACAGUGGCUGCUGCGACUGUGCCGACGACGAGGCCUGGGUUCGCCCCGUCCACUGCACCAUCCACAGCGCUGACGAUGCGCCAGGCCAGAAGGCUGCUGGAAAGACAAGCCAGACUCCAACCCUGCCCGACGAGCUGCUCAUUCCUGUCCGUACGACGAUUGCAAAAGCCUUCGAUUACAUGUGCGAUGUCUUCUCUUGCUCACCGGAGCAACUGCGCCUGACAAAAACUGAGGGUACUGUUCGAAGAGACGAGUUGCUAUCACGUCUUACAUCACAUCUCUACGGCGGUGCCGAAGUUGAUGAGUCGGACGAAGAGUACGCUUUGGUAUUGUGGAACGACGAGAAACACACCGUCACCGACGUCCAGAAUCAAGUAGCCAAAGCCUGCAGGAAGCCCAAGAGCUUUGGGUUGCAGAAGGCCAUGGAAGUCAACGAUAUUGGCCGAAGCAUCAUACACUACUCACAUGACCUUGCUGAACUCCUACGCAUGGCUGCAAUCAUAGAACAACUCAAGGUCACUGUGACCGUCCGGUCCGCCAGAGAUACUUUCCGCGAGCAAAUGUGCAGCUCUAUGGUCGACUGGAUCUCGGACAUCUCAGGUUGCUCGAUCGCUUCAGACCCCCAUGUCCUCCGCAACACAAUCUGUGAAGAGUUGCUACGACCCUGGCGUAUGGGAAGCGAAGCCACCAACGCUACCAUAGGAGAGGGUGGCAUCGACGAUCACGAGCAUGAGGAGAAUGUCAAGAAUCGAAGAGAGGAAGCCAGAUGGUUCCGUCCGCUAGCCGGUAUCAAUGUGGUCAGAAUCAAUGUUGAGAACGACGAUGAUGACAACGAAGAGAUUGACGAUGAUGAGGACGAAGACGACGAGAACGACAUGACUAUCGAGGAGUUCCUCAUGGCAGAAUCUGAAGAACUUGGCGUCGAAGACACCAUGGACCUGGAUCCGGAAACCGUUGAUCCCCUGGCUUUGGCUCUAGCAGAAAAUGACAUGGAUCUGGACCUUGUCGAUAUUGACACAGAGGGCCCUGCUGAGAACUUUGAGGCAACUCUCGCUGGAUAUCCUGCACCUCCACCUCCACCACCCACCACUCGCCGUCGAACAAGAUCCGCGACUGUCAACGAAUCUGAUGACGGAGAACAGCAUCCGUCGUCAAGACCCGAUCCACCCUCUCAACCCUCGGCUCCCUUCUCCAAUCUCCCAAAAACACCGAAGGUCAGAGUCAGGUCAAAUCGCCCCGUUCGCCCUGCUCGUUAUUGGCUCGAGACACCAGAAGAAUACAGAUCGCAGUCAACAUCUACUCCGGCAGAAGAUCUUUGGCAAAGAGUGCGCCUUGACUAUCUUAUACUGUACGACCUGAGAAUGUGGAAGACCCUCCGUAUCGACCUCCGCCAUCUUUACAUUAGUACUGUUGUCACCGUUCCUCAAUUUAAGCGCAUACUGGGACUGAGAUUCGCUGGCCUGUACACGAUGCUUGCUCAACUCUAUCUUAUCGCCGAUCGCGAGCCGGAUCACUCCAUCAUAAAUCUGUCAGUCCAGAUGCUUACAACCCCAUCUAUCACGGCGGAAGUAGUGGAGCGAGGAAACUUCCUUACCAAUCUCCUUGCCAUCCUCUAUACAUUCCUCACCACCCGUCAAGUUGGGUUCCCAAAAGACGUCAACCCAAACGCGACCCUAGCAUUCGAUGCGGGCGCCGUCACCAACAGACGCAUGUUCCAUUUCUUUCUAGAUACACGUUACAUGUUCCAGUCUGCCUUCGUACAGGAGAAGGUUCGUAACGAACCUCGAUAUUUGAUGCAGUUCCUGGAUCUGGUCAAGCUCCAUCAAGGCAUUUGUCCCAACGUUCGAGCCGUGGGCGAACACGUCGAAUACGAGGCAGACGCAUGGAUCAGUGCUACGUUGAUCAUCAAAGAAAUCAACAGACUUUGUCGUCAAGUGGCAGAAGCCUUCAAGAGGUCCGAUGAUGGAGACACAGCUCCAGUACAGAGAGCCAUCAGAUAUGCCGCACAAGCUACGUUCAUAAAUGCGUUCGGUCUUGAGCGAAACAGAUACCCAAGUGCCGAGACCAAAGAGGCUCAAACGUUCCUGCGUCUGCUUAACAAGAAGAGACCGAAGUACAUCGAGGCGAUUGGCCGUGAGGCGACGUGUCGCGAUGGAAGCUACAGUCUACCUCAGUUUGAUGUAGCCACUGGCUCGAUGAGUUUCCAUCACCCUAUGCAUUACCUUUUGUCAUGGUUGCUGGAAGCAGGUGUAAACGUUACACGCGAGGAGAUGCUCAAAGUAUUGCACUUCACUCAUGCGGACUUCAAAGACCCCUGGCAGACAAGUUGGAAAACAGCCCCCCAAGCCACGAACUACGAUUCGCCGGAAAUCAUAGCUAUGCUUUUUGAGCAUCCUCUACGUGUUUGCGCCUGGCUCGCCCAGAUGCGCGCUGGUAUGUGGGUCCGCAACGGUGUCACCCUUCGUCAUCAGAUGCACCAGUACCGUGGAACAAGUCAGCGAGACGUCUCCUACCAACGCGAUAUAUUCAUGCUUCAAGCAGGUCUCGUGCUGUGUGGAAACCCCGAAGAAUCACUGGGCGAGAGAUUCCUGGCUCAAAUUGCUGACCGAUUUGAUCUGUCCGGGUUUGUCAAUGGCGUCUUUGAUUUGUACCCAGGCUACGAUGAACAGCAGAGGCUUGAUGUUACGGAGGAGUUCUUCCACCUGCUUAUCAUUCUGCUCAGCGAACGACAGAAUCUCUUGCCUGGCCAGGAUAAGCCAAGCCAGCACGUCAAGCUCUUGCAGCGCGACAUUGCACACGUUCUCUGUUUCAAGCCUCUGUCAUUCUCAGACAUUUCCAACCGCUUGACUGAUAGGGUAGCAGACUCGGAAGAGUUUGACGCAAUACUCGAGAGCAUGACAACUUUCCGUGCACCUGAGGGUCUGAAUGAUUCGGGUACUUUCGAGUUGCAUCCUCGCUUCAUCGAGCUCAUUGAUCCGUACUACGCCUACUACAACCGCAACCAGCGCGAAGAGGCCGAGACUGUCUACAGAGAGUACACGGCCAAGAAGACAAAGCAAUCUGCCGCAGACAUCGUCUUUGAACCUCAACUGCAAGCUAUUAACUCCGGACUCUUCAAGAACCUUGGUGCGUUCACACAGACUACAUUCUUCAGUGAGAUAGUCUACUGGGCUCUCGAGUUCUGUUUGCGCCAUGACGAGGCAGUCGACAAUGCACAGAUCACCAGGAUCGAGACGAUGCUGCAUGUCAUCCUCCACCUCACACUUCUGGCCGUAAUGGAAGACGCUGCUCCAACGGUUUCGCACAGCGAAGAGAGCUCAGACAAGACAAUCGUUGAGUCUCUUUUUCGCCUGUCGAAGGUCAAGUCAUUUGCAUCAUGUACACCCAAGGUUCUGCAUAUCCUGAAAAGAAUGUCGGAGAAGUGGCCUGAAGAAUUUGCCAACGCCAAAGCGAGGCUGUUACCUGACGAUAAGGAGCAAAGCUCGGAGACCACUUCUACGCCGUCUGAGGAUAAAGAAGCCAAGAAAAAAGCUGCCUUGGAGCGUCAGGCACGUGUCAUGGCACAGUUCAAAGCUCAGCAAACGUCAUUCAUGGAAAAUCAGGGCCUAGAUUGGGAAGCAGAAGAUUACAGUGAUUUGGAGCAAGAUGGCGAAUUGAUUGAGAAGGUCGUCGAGACCAAGGUCUGCCCUUUCCCCAAGGAACCGUGCAUUCUUUGUCAAGAAGACACCGACGACAACAGAAUCUAUGGCACAUUUGCUUUCAUCGCACCGAGCAGAAUACUCAGGAAGACUCCCCUGGAUGACAAAGACUUUGUCAAAGAGGUUUUGGACACUCCGGAGAACCUCGACCAAUCUGCGGAUGCCAUCAGACCAUUUGGUGUCGCCAAAUUUGCAACAGAGACUGUUGAGAAGGUCAACACAGAUGGCACCAAAGGCAAACAGGAGAAACGUGGUCUUGGUAAAGGCUUCCCCCACGACAGCGCAUUCCAAGGUCCUGUCCUCAACAGUUGCGGUCACAUCAUGCACUUCGGCUGUUUUGAGCAAUAUCUUGUAGCAACAAGAAGAAGACAUACGCAGCAUAUCUCACGAAACCACCCAGAGCGACCCGAUACUGUCGAGUUCAUCUGUCCUCUUUGUAAGGCAAUCGGAAACACAUUCUUGCCAAUCAUCUGGAAAGACAAGCACUACCAUUCAUCGUCCACUCUCGAUCAGCAGUACAAAAACUUCGAUCAGUGGCUACUCGAUCAAGAAGCAUAUCGAAAUGCCGACGAGAUGAGCCAAUUGUCGUCAAACGUUUCUGUGCGUGAGGCUCACAUAGAGUACAUGCAGAAGGCUUUGGUCCCUACGCUAGCAACUGCUUUUCCACCGUCUCUUUUCGCGCAAGCUGUAGAAGCCCCUAGCAGAUUCGAUACUCGGAACAGACCUGCUACACCAUCUUCGGAACUCAAGAGAGCAUACAAUCGCAUUGAAGAGAGUCUGAGCCCAAUUGGCGCCUUGAAAUCUAAUACUAUUGGACUCGAACCCGGCACACAAUCUUCUACAAUCCGACUCGCCGAGACCCUUUGCAACGUCUUGGCCUUUACCGUCUCGAGUACUGAGAUCUCGUACCGAGGAGUCGCGAAUCCUCUAGACGGCGAGACCGGCACGUUCCUCGACGCUAUCUCAGAACAGAGCAUGAAGACGCUGCGUAUCCUGUCCGAGACCGUUCGCACCGCAACAGCUACAGCUGCAGUCAAGGGCGGCAUGUCUGAGUACCUAGGUAGAACCAGAGUACACAGCUCAUGGACCGCUCAGCUGAAGAAGGUUCUUGGAGAUGACCCUGGCGAAGAUCCCGCACUUCCUUAUGCUUCGUUGCUCGGCCACGAUCUGUUCACCUUCUUUGCCAAUUGUGCAGUCCACGAAGUACCUAUGGGUCAGAACAUGCACCAUAUUCUGAGACUCUGUUACUCUGCAGAGAUGGUCAAAGUAAUCGUCACAUUCAUGUGCCGCGACUCGCUCCAAGAGAUCCAGCAAGACUCUCGAUCGUCCAGCUGGGAUUUGUCAGGUAUCAAGCUGUUCCAGAAUUGGUGCAAGGAACACGGCGCCAUCGAGUUCAGCCCGCACAUCUCAUCAGUGCGUCUCUGCCAGCAUGGGUUCUGUGACCUAGAGUGGAAUGCACCAGCCUUGAGUAAGCUGAUCGAUACAUACGCUCUUACAUUCCUCAGGAAGGCUUUACUUUUGACUCAUGUACACUUUGGUGUUGACUUUACCGGGUCCGACGAGAACCUGGAGUUGUCGGAGCUACAGCGCCUGGCCAAGAUUCUUCGUCUUCCCGCGCCUCAAGAGAUAGUGGUGCGACUUGGCCACGAUGAGCAGUUCCAGAUGACUGCUGCGAAAUGGGUGAAUAGCGUGAUCGUUAGUACUGCCACGAAAGAGAGACUGCGAACAGAUGCACAGUUCCUCAGCCACCCAACAAUUUUCGAGCUCAUUGGCUUACCAAAGCAUUACGACACCUUGACGGAAGAAGCCAUCAAAAGACGUUGUCCUACUACUGGCAAGGAAGUCACUGAUCCCGCCAUCUGUCUGUUCUGCGGAGAGAUCUUCUGCAGUCAAGCUAGUUGCUGCAUGACGGAUCGCAACAAAGGCGGUUGCUUCCAGCAUCGCGAGAAGUGUAGCGGAAGCAUUGGCAUAUUUAUCAACAUCCGCAAGUGCAUGGUAUUGUUCCUGCAUCACAGCCAUGGCAGCUGGUAUCAUGCGCCUUAUCUGGACCGUCACGGCGAGGUCGACCCUACUCUGCGUCGCCAUCAUCAGCUGUUCCUCAACCAGAAGAGAUAUGACAAGCUGCUCAGAGAGGCAUGGCUUAACCACGGCAUUCCUAGUGUGAUCUCGAGAAGACUCGAAGGUGAUAUGAACACUGGAGGUUGGGAGACACUUUGA